UAUGAGAAGAUGGAAAGGUACGGCUCCGGUUCAUUGGCUUUAUUUAUACCCAAACCCUCAGUCGGUCGCCGCCGUCCGCCGAUAGUCACCUCUUCGGCAAGAAUCAAUCUCUUCACACAGAUUUCAAGUGCUUCGAUGUGCGGUCUUACAAUGGUCUACCUGCGCGUGUGUCUAUUCACAUCCAUGGUUUGACAAACGGUCCAGUAAUUUCUGGUUUAUUUGCAACCUGCUGAACAAGGUGAGUUUUGCUUAUCCAGAAUGCAAAGAUUAACCCAUUAAUUCCUGGUCUCUGCGCCAUAGUAAUCUCUGCACUUUCUAUAUCUCUCUGUAUAUUUUCGAAAUGAUAUAUGGAUCUUUUUUUUNAUUGUCUAUCAUUUCUACAGGGAAGGCUUGUUCUAUGUGGCGAGGUACUAUGCGAAAAGAGCAGGUGUGGUUCCAACUGAGCUCCUCAAGCAAUUUGAACUGGGCAAAUGUAUGCUGAAGCUUUUGAAGGCAAUGGAUGUUGACACUGCACUGAAUUGGGUCUCGGCAAACAGGGUACGGUACGACAAUGGCGCUAAGUUGGAGUUGGGACUUCACAAGUUGAAAUAUGCAGGCCUGUUUGCGGGAUCAGAAAAUCUCGGGGACCCAACAUUAGUAGGGUAUGCCAAAACUCAUUUUGGUGCUUGGGCUAAACUUAACCCGGACAAGUGUGAAAAGGUGUGUUGGGAAGCGUCAAGAGCUAGAAUGGCAUGCCGCAACGGGGGUUGGAUCAUAUCCCUAUGGACAGGUUGGUUGGUGAUGUUUGGAAAAUGUUCUGUCAAGUCACGCCGGUAACAAGCUCCUUGGACCCUCUGGAAGUGGCCAUUGCUGGUGGGGAGGAUGCAGUGUUGACUCUAAGAAGGUUUUUUGACCAGGCGGCGGCAGGAGAGGGACUGACUACUGGACAGGAAUUUGAGGGAGAAUAUGAAUCUGCCGGACCGAUUAGUGGCGCCCAGAUAAUAUGAUAUGUCCCCUGUGCGCUGCCCGCUCUGCCGCAAGCAAUGUAAAACACCGCUCCUGUUGAAAUCCAUGGGUGUAGUCUGCAAUGGGUGCUUCCCCAAAUAUUGUAAUGACUUCUGGGACACCAUCUGAGGAAGAAAGAAAGAAUGAAAGAAACAACAGCAAGCAGCAGCAACACAAACUUGAUGCAUACUUGCAGGUUCGUAGGUAGGCACCAGACUACUUCCAAUAAGUUCGUAUAAUUAAGCUCACAUUUGUCAAACAAACCCAUAUAUAUGUGAGCUGAGCUUUUGGAAUAAAAUUUCAUAAAUUACAUGCACAAUU